GGCGCGUGCACAUUCUUGUUGCUUAAUAGCCGUGACUGACUGUCGAUGACGAGGCUUCUAGGAGGAGAUGAGUAAUCCUGUCGCCACUGCGCGGUUUACCGUGUAAUCUCUGACAGGUUAAUCAUUCACUUCCUAGCUUUUAGAGUUGUUUGGCUGGCAGGUUUGAAGAAGCGUAACAGCAUGGCGUCAACACUGGUUGUGACUGUCAAAGCACUCCUGACAUUAUCUGUCAUGUCUGGCGUGGCGGCCCAACCUCAAGUUACCACGAAAAACGGUGUAAUAGAAGGAUUUGGGACGACAGUAGAGGGACAGUCUGUGAAUCUGUUCUUAGGGAUUCCUUUUGCUGAACCACCUGUAGGAGCUCUGAGGUUUAUGAAACCACAGCCGCCCUCUAACUGGACUGGGGUUAAGCAGACCAUCGCUUUCGGUGCAGCGUGUAUGCAGACUGCCACUGACCCAAGUCCUUAUGGCGACCAGCUGUCUGAAGACUGUCUAACCCUGAAUGUGUUCGUCCCCGGGGCUGUGAGCAGCACCAACAGGAAGGCGGUAAUGGUCUGGAUAUAUGGCGGGGCCUACACCACAGGAGGCACCAGUCUUUACAUCUUUAAUGAAUUUGCGGCACAGAAUGACGUCAUCGUGGUAUCAGUCAACUACCGCGUGGGUCCAUUUGGAUUCUUGACCACUGGUAACGUCGACGCUCCUGGCAACGCUGGACUAUGGGAUCAAAUAGAGGGACUCAAAUGGGUGCAAGACAACAUAAGAAAUUUUGGCGGUGACCCUAAUAAUGUGACUAUUUUCGGGGAAUCGGCAGGUGGCGGUAGCGUUUCACAACUCGCAAUGACGGUAGCCUCCAGGGGUCUUUUCCAACGCUUUAUAUCCAUGAGUGGCACCGCUCUAAGCGAUUGGGCCUGGGUGAAGGACGGACCUGACGUCGCUACAAAGAUUGGACAGCAUCUUGGAUGUAACGCUGCAGCAUCGCUGGUGGACUGUCUUCGUGCAGCCAACGCAACUGCCCUGCUUAGAGCGUCAGAUCAGUCAUUGUUUCCAGGGCGGUUGGCAUCUCUUUUUGCCCCUGUUGUCGAUGGCGACAUGUUUCCUCGUAGUGUGGAGGAAAUGCUGAUGGAUCCCAGCUCAACUGCGUUGACACAUUUUCUGUCCCUAGACUACAUGGGUGGAUUCACGGACUCUGAUGGCGGAGUUAACCUCCCUUUCAGCCCUAUCAACAUCACUCUAGGUGUGCCUCCAACUUACAUGAGGGAUUCUUUCAUUCCUUAUUUUGCUGCCCAGACUUCCGCCUACCACAAUGAUGAAAUAGCACAGAAACUAAGAGAAGUUUAUUACGAUGCUAAUGCAAACAUGGCAGAAACUGGACGCUUAAUGGUCAACCUGUAUACUGAUACCAUGUUUUCUGUGCCAACAGUUGGAUUCCUCAGAAGUCAUCUUAUGGCGUCAGGUGGCUCCACCUAUCUAUACUACUUUACCAAGGAGCCGUCAUUCCCGCAUCUCCUGCCCGUGCCAGCAUGGUUUAAGGGGGUUAACCACGGAGACGAGCUCGCCUUCAUGUUAGGACCUGCUAGUGCUUCUCUACUGAACGUCACCUUCACCGAAUUAGAAAAGAACGUUUCCAGAGCUUUUAUGACCUACUAUGCAAACUUUGCAAAAACUGGAAACCCUAACACUCCUGAUACUGUACCAAGUCCAUGGCCACAGUAUUCGUAUACGAGGGAAGAGUAUCUAGACAUCGGUGACGUCAUCGUCAAUAAAACUGACGUCAUUCCACGGCGUAUUGACCUGUGGUUAGACACCAUCCCUGCGAUACUCGCCAGGUCCACCACUUCCGCUCCGUCCACGACGCCGGUGGCUAGUAAGGGGGUACAAGUCCAGUCCAGCGCCGUGCUUGCCAUACUUGUCAUGUUUUAUGUCUUGAAGUUGUUUCAUUGAUGCGUCACUUUUUUAUCAUUACCGCUACUCAACUACUUUGUUUAAAGAACAAUGUUAAAGAAAAUAUCUCCUGACCAAAGAAAGAGAGAGAGGUACAGAGACAUCCGUGUAUUUAAAAAGGGAAAGUUUUCCUCAAACGUUUUGGUUCUGGAAAAUCGCGGCGUUAAUAAAUGUUUAGAUUGGACUUUUUCAGUGUUACUGCUUUCUUGUAUUAUCAUAAAUGGUACCUGAAAGCUUUGCACGUAAUUAUAACUAAGAUCAAACUUUUCAAUCAUGCAUCAUCUUUGAGGUAGUCUUUGAAGAACCCAGAACAUGGAUGUAACGAAACGAUUCUACGAGUAUUGCCAAAAUUAACCAAACUGAUUAUUUCAAAACACACUAGGAAUUUGUUUUAAAUUUAAAUAAAUAAAUAAAAUUUAGAAAUUAAAAUUUUAGAGGUUUGAUUUUAGAUUAACGAUUAUAGAUGCUUGUAAACUCUUAUAAACUAAUUUAUUGUAUCGAUGGCGAUAAUAAGAUUGUUCAAUCAAAGUGUUUUCUGUAAAUGCUAACUGAGUAAAGGCACCUCUCAGAUUUUUCAACGCAACACAGACGUCCCUUUGUAUAUAGAAUCUUUGACUAUGUAUUAAGUUUAGUGUAAAGCUUCUGUAACUGGAUACAUUCACUAGAUUUUAUCUUCACU